UUUCAACUCUUUGUGAUGUAAGAUGUGAGGGAUGGAGCCAUGGUGAACAAGGAUGAGUUCACUCUUGUACAGAACGGCUCCAAAAACAAGGCGAUGGAAGUUGCAUGGCGCGCAGAUGUGAGUCUCAGGAACUCCCACGGGCAGUCAUUGAUGUUCGCCGCCGCAGGGCGGGCUUCGAACAAGGGCGCGGCCUUGGAGACCUGCAGGAUCCUGCAGAAGCGGGGCCUGGAGGCUUAUGCGGUUGACCGGUACAACCAGACGGCUCUCUUUGCGGCCGUGCGGGAAGGCAAUGGGGAAUGUGUGGACUGGCUGGUGUCUGAGGGGUGCAACGUGAACCACGCAGACCGAGUCGGAGAAACUCCACUGUGCAUAGCUUUCCGGAACUCGCAGAUGGAGAUGGUUUUCAAGCUCCUGGGGCAUGGGGCCUCUCUGGAUGUGAAGGACACCUACGGCGGGCGACGGCCGCCGUUCUUUGCCAAUCCCAUCUUCAGAAAGGCAUACACCGAGCAAGGCAUCGCGACCGUCGAGGAGCCUAAAGCCAAGAGGCGUCGGAUCGCUCAGGCGGAGCAGCCGCUUUGGAAGCGAUUCAGAGGCGAUUUGGCGAUGCGGUGCUCAGGACCCAAGGUCAUGUGCGAAUGGGCGUACCAAGAUGAAGAGGUUCCUGACGACACCAUACCCACGGAGAAGAGAGGCGACGUCUGGGCGGAGACUGGCGAGUACGAGUGCGUGGUGCCACCGCCAGAGUCGACAGCGCGGAUACGCGUGCUGGAAAGAGAAUUCGUUUUAGAUCAUGCCGACUGCCUGGCGGAUCAUCCUAUGCAUUUGGCAAUGGCGCCAGACGAGUGGGCGGAUUUUUCUGGCGUGCCGGUCAGCGAGCCCGACGCGCACAAGAUUAUUCACUACCUGCUCAAGCAGGGCAAACCGGCAGAGCUCAUGCUGGCGAGCGUCCACAAGGAAACCCGCGCGAUCCGCGGUUACAUUCACCUCGGCUACCUUGAGAAGGACCAGAUCUUGGAGAUCGCCUAUCUGAAGGUGCAGCGGGGCUUCCAGCGACAAGGCGUCGCGAAGCUGCUGGUGGAUGCUGGGAUCAAGCUCGCCGCUUCGAAAGGCUGGAGCUGUAAGGAGAUGACCCUCAAUGUGACGUUGAGGAAUUUGCCCGCCAUCCGCUUCUACGAGAGCCAAGGCUUCAAGCCCGGCGGGCCUCCGAAGCGCCUAAAGUCGGCCUUCGCUGAAUGGAUGUCAAUGCGCAAGCCGUUGUAACUUUC